AUGGACGUUAACAAACCAGGAAAGGUUCGUGUGGUAUUUGACUGUGCCGCAAAAUACAACGAUACUUCAUUGAAUAACCAGCUCCUUCAAGGUCCAGAUUUAAUGAACAGUUUAGUAGGGGUACUUUUAAGAUUUCGUGAGAAAAAGAAAGCUCUGUCUGCUGAUAUAGAGGCUAUGUUCCAUCAAGUUCAUGUGAUUGAAGAAGACUGUCACGCACUCCGGUUCCUAUGGUGGCCUGAUGGGGACAUGUCUGUACUUCCUAAAACUUACUGUAUGCAGGUGCAUCUGUUCGGUGCCACAUCAUCUACUAGCUGUGCAGCUUAUGCAUUAAGAAGAACAGCCAGUGACAACGCGAAUAAAUUUCCAGAUGAAGUUAUAGAAACUGUUAAAAGAAACUUCUAUGUCGAUGAUUGCCUGAAAUCUGUAGAUUCAGAAGAGAAAGCGACAAAGUUAGCAGCGGAUUUACAGUCACUGAUGAAAAUAGGAAGUUUUAGACUUACAAAGUGGAUCAGCAACAGUAGGUUAGUCAUUGAUACAAUUCCCGAUUAUGAACGUGCACCAAUGGUUGUAAGCCUCAGUCCCGAAAGUGAACUUCCUUAUGAUCGUGUAUUAGGCAUUAAUUGGAACGUAAAUGACGAUUUCAUCACAUUCAAAAUCAAGAAAACAAAUAAACCUGUAACUAGACGCGGAAUGCUUUCCAUAGUUAGUGCGAUAUUUGAUCCACUAGGACUUUUAGCACCAGUGACAUUACGAGCAAAGGCUAUCGUUCAAAGCUUGUGUAGAAGGAAAUUUGGUUGGGAUGAAGCGAUUCCGCAAAUUGAUCAUGAUGAAUGGCAACGUUGGAUAAUAAACUUACCUUGUUUGGAAAACGUUCGAAUAAGCAGUUGUUUUCAACCAAAAUAUUUCAGUACUUUAAAAAAUAAACAGUUACACGUUUUCAGCGAUGGUUCUAAGACGGGUUACGGCGCAUGCGCAUAUUUACGCAUUACUGACGAAAAUGAUAACACUGCAUGUUGUCUAGUGCUUGGCAAGUCCCGACUCGCCCCGAUAAAACAAGCUUCGAUACCGAUACUCGAACUGUGUGGAGCUGUUGUGUCAUGCCGCCUGUAUGCCAUGCUGAAAGAAGAACUUGAUUUGAAAAUUGACAAAGUUGUUUUCUGGACAGAUUCAAUGAUCAUUCUUGGAUACAUAAAUAACACUUUAAGACGUUUGAAGACUUUCGUCGGGAAUAGAAUUAGUUAUAUUCAUAAAAUGACGAGUCCAGAACAGUGGCGCUAUAUCGACUCCUGUUCGAACCCCGCUGACAUAGCAUCAAGAGGCAUUGAUCCUGGCGAUAAUACUAGCAUUUCUUUGUGGCUUAAUGGACCAGACUAUAUGGCACAGGACGAGUCUACUUGGUCUUAA